AUGGUGAUCCUGUUGGUGGCGACCACCACAGAUACAGCUUCCAUAGGCCCAGCCUCGGCUCUACUAGCCAUGCCCGGUUGGCACCCUGGUCCCUCCUUGCAGGAUGCUGCCGUAAGUUUUGUAAACAAGGAUUUGAGGCUAAUAAAAUUGGAUAACAGUCUCGUUGAAGAGGAUCACUUAGAUAAACGUUGGGAGGAGGCAACCGGCGAGUUAGUCGAUGAGGUCAUAUUUUUUAGCAAGCAUGUUGCUUCUUCUAAUCGGCCAGCUCUUACGGUCCAUCCAAUUGGUACUCCGCAUGUAGGUGAAGGCGAGGUACUUGUUGCUGGUGGAAAGCCAGGAUGGGCAGCACUUCCAAAUCCUAGGAUAGGGCCGUGGUUGAGGCUCUUGAGGACUAUUGCUGAGUCACAUAAACUAAGUCCUGAAUUCGAGGUUACAUUGGAAGCCACACAUCAUGGGCCAUUAACUAAUUCGCCAACCAUGUUUGUGGAGAUUGGUAAACUUCUACCACUAAUUAGCACAGAAGAAUACUGGAGGAGACAGGAUGCUGCAGAGGCCAUUGCAUUGUCUGGCAAGGAUUGGGUCUUGGAGGAGGAAUUGCUGAGGGAGACUGGAGCAGGCAUGAAUAAUCUGUGGGAGUACUUUUCUGAUAUCUGCCAUUUGCUUUCUGGGUAUUCCUUGCCGAUGGAAGAUCCUGGCCAAUCAAAAACACAAAUAAAUACUGAGGCUGUGCACGGAACUUGGAGAGACGCAAUCAAAGUGUCAUUUGAGGCUACCAAAUCAGCUUUCCCUGGGGGAGAAGUUCUAGCACAUCUUGAUCACAAGAGUUUCAAGAGCUGGCAGAGGAAUGCCGUCACAACUUUCCUGGUGGAGCAGAACAUAAAGAUUGGCAAAGCCAGUGACUUUUCUUAA